ACUGGAGUGUCCGGAGGAAACCCAUGCAGACACGAGGAGAACGUGCAAACUCCAUAAAGAAAGGGUGGGAAGCGAUCCCACGACCUUCUUGCUUGCUGUGAGGCAUUGGCGCUAACCAAUAAGUCACUGUGCCGCCUGUCAUACACAGGUGCUGUGCAGAUUUGUCAACUGUGAUUGAGGCCUGAUUGGACCAAGAGAGAAUUCCACUAUUCCCUCCCCCGACCUCCUGUUCCUGACCCCUCUGAAGUAUAUCUCUCGCCAUGAAUGAAGUUAAUAUAGUCAGAGAGGGCUGGCUUCACAAAAGAGGUGAAUAUAUCAAGACAUGGAGGCCCAGGUAUUUCAUUCUCAAGAGUGACGGUACCUUCAUCGGCUACAAGGAGAAGCCAGAUCUUAGUGACCCAAGUUCACCACCUCUCAACAACUUCUCCGUGGCAGAAUGCCAGUUAAUGAAGACUGAGAGACCACGACCUAAUACGUUUGUAAUCCGCUGCCUUCAGUGGACCACAGUCAUUGAGCGAACCUUUAAUGUGGACACCAAUGAGGAGAGAGAGGAGUGGAUGCGUGCGAUUCAGUCUGUGGCAAACAAUCUGAAGAUGCGUGAACAGGAAGAAGAAGAACCAAUGGAUGUGUUUGGCUCACCCAGUGAAAGCAGCCUAGAAGAGAUGGAAGUGGCGAUAUCUAAGAGUCGCACCAAAGUGACUAUGAGCGACUUUGAGUAUCUAAAGCUGCUUGGCAAGGGCACAUUUGGGAAGGUGAUCCUGGUCAAAGAAAAGUCCACCGGGGUACAUUAUGCAAUGAAAAUACUGCGCAAAGAGGUCAUCAUUGCCAAGGAUGAGGUGGCUCACACAGUUACAGAAAGCCGAGUGCUACAGAACACGAGACAUCCCUUCCUCACGACCCUGAAAUACGCUUUCCAAACCCACGAUCGGCUGUGUUUUGUGAUGGAGUACGCCAACGGUGGUGAGCUAUUCUUCCACCUGUCAAGGGAAAGAGUGUUCACAGAAGACCGGGCACGCUUCUAUGGGGCUGAGAUUGUUUCAGCACUUGAGUAUCUCCAUUCACGUGACGUUGUUUACCGUGAUCUAAAGCUGGAAAAUCUGAUGCUGGACAAGGAUGGCCACAUUAAAAUCACAGAUUUUGGUUUGUGUAAGGAGGGCAUCACUCCUGAUGCCACCAUGAAAACCUUCUGUGGAACACCUGAGUACCUGGCACCUGAGGUCCUAGAAGAUAAUGACUAUGGGCGGUCUGUGGACUGGUGGGGUCUGGGUGUGGUCAUGUAUGAGAUGAUGUGUGGCCGCCUGCCUUUCUACAACCAGGACCAUGAGCGUUUAUUUGAGCUCAUCCUCAUGGAGGAGAUCCGCUUCCCCAGGAACCUGUCGCCAGAAGCCAAAUCCCUGCUGGCUGGCUUGCUCAAGAAGGAUCCCAAACAGAGGUUAGGUGGAGGUCCUAAUGAUGCCAAAGAAGUCAUGAGUCACAAAUUCUUUGUUACCAUCAACUGGCAGGAUGUGGUACAGAAGAAGCUCACCCCACUCUUCAGACCGCAAGUCACAUCAGAGACUGACACCCGGUACUUUGACGAGGAGUUCACAGCACAGACCAUCACGCUCACGCCUCCAGACAAGUAUAACAGUCUGGACUUCGAGGACACCAGCCAGCCAGCACAUUUCCCCCAAUUCUCCUAUUCUGCUAGCAUAAGAGACUAACAGCCUCUCUGGCCCACGCACACACACAUAAAUCACAUGAGGCAUGAACAGACGGCUCACUUGGCCACAUCCUUUGCAGCUAUUAAAUAACCAGAAUCCCAUCUUUACUGGAGUUUUGGUAUCAGCAGGAUAUAAGUGCCUAGGUCGACGGCCAUAUUGUUCAUUAUACAUCCUUUUCGUCCACACUACGGACAAAGUCUGGCCACAUUGGCUGUACUGUAUCAAACUGGUCUUCAGUACCUCACAGUCAUCAACAUAAUCAGGACUUUAGCACCUUCGGAUGGCCUAUACACAACUGCUGCUGCUUUUUCUGACCGUGAAACUAACCAUCAGCAGCUUCUGCCACUCUUUUCUCUGGCCUUUUUGAGAAGCCAUACAGUUUGCUUGUGGCAUUUCCAAGUGCUCUUCUUCACAAUCUGUUCAACAUCACCACUGGUGAUGAAGUGGCUCUUUGGGGAUGCACCGAUCAGAAACACUGAUGGUAUCUGUGUGUACACUGUCAACCAGUGUGACUGAUCUGCUUUAAAUACUGUUUCCGCUUUUCUCUUUAUAUUGCCAAGACGUAAUUAAGCCCAUGUGUUUGGAUAGAGACCGUUUUUAUAAUUUUUUUUCUAUGCUGCCAUGGUGGAGUUGAAAUGAAACAAUAGCUGCUUGUAAUGUAGCCUUUCAGCUUUAAUUCAAAGAGUUCAACAAAAAUACCGCAUUAACCCUUUAGGAAUUACUGCUAUUUUAUCCGCAGUCCCUCCGUUUUCAGAGGCCAUAAGUAAUUGGUUGAACUAAGAAUUAUUGUAGAUACACAUUGGCACAUUUGCCUGUGUUGGCCUUCUGAUAGACUGGUGGCCUGUUCCAGAGGUAUCCUCCCUCUUGUCCAGUGAUUGCUAGUAUAGACUCCAGCCUCCUGCCCCCUUUCCUGGAAUGAGUGGGUUUAGAAAACAGAUGGAUGGAAAACAUCACUUUCACAGCCAGUUUCCUUUAGACACGUCAGUAGAUGGAUGCAUGAACUUUUCCAAGUCAGUGCAUAUAUCUUCUACUACAUUUACUUUACUCAUUAAGAAAUAGAAAUAGUAUGUGGGGUAAGUCUGUCUGGAAAAGGCGGUUCUCAAACAGUGAGUGACCAUGCAAGUAGGAGACUAAAGAGGGAAGCCACCAACACCUCCAUGACAACGCUGAAGGAGUUCCAUUCUGCUGUAAUUGGAGGAACUUGGGUUUGUGUAGCCUUUGUAUGUUUCACAACCAGUUAUGCAGCUUCAUGGGAGAGUGGAACAGAGAAGGAUUUUCAUAGAUGAAAACAGUUAUUGAGUCUCCUACAUGUGCAUUCUGGCAAACUGUUGUUGAAAGUUCUCAUUUUAAGAAAAACAUAACUUACGAUUUUGAUUAACAAAGUUCCUUGUGUUUUAGUUCCUCCAGUUUCUCAUGGCAAUGAAAAUGGAGGGACUAUGUAUUUAAAAUGUUCGUAAUUCAUAAAUGGUCAAUAGAGUAGUUUCGUUAAACUCCUUAAAUUGAAGUUGAAAGUUGAUGCAAGCACAUCUUGAUUGUUUAAUUUUAGCUCUGUUGUGGUUUUAUAGGCAAGAUUUCAAAAUUGUCACUGUCCAAAUACUCAUGGACCUGACUGUGGAAGCAUGAUCGCAUCACUUAAAAAAAAAAUAAUAAUAAUAAUUUUCCGCCAAAAUAGUUCUCUCUCUUCAUGUCCAUUCUGUAUCCAUAGAGCAAGUCGCCACCUGGUGGAGCAUCUCUUUUUUACUUUUGGUCAUAAAAUUCUAAAUUAGUUUUGCAAGCCAGACCAGAUCAUUUGUUAAUUGUGUAGCAAGUUGUCCAUUUAAAAGAAAAACUGACAUGAAACUUGUGUUCAGUACUGGUUAGUGCCUUCAGUUUCAAGAAAGUGCGGAUCGGUGCAUCCCUAAUUAUUCUUGUAUGAGGGACAAAAACUUGUGGCAAUUUGUUGGCCGUUUUUUCUGCUAGCUGUGUGUAUGUGUGUUUUGAGAAAACGGGGGCAUCAAAUUCAAAUGGAAUGUCAUCACUAUCAGAAUGCGUGUGUGAGAGCUUGAGAUUUCGUGUGUGUGUGUGCACAUCUUUAUACAACACUUGCGCAAUAUGCAUCAGGAACAAUGGAUGAAUUGGUAAUGCUGAAAAAUAGAAGUGUGUCCAUCGCAGAAGCAUUUUUUUUUUUUCUUUUAGUACUCAACGAAAGUGAGGUGUUGGAGAGAGAUGGUUUCAUUUUCCUCAAGCUGUAUGCAAAGAGUCAAUUGUAUAUUAGUUUGCUCUCAUCUCAAAAUGUGAUCUUUGUUAGUAGAUCUGUUGAGUGCGACAACGGGAAUUGGGAAAGCUAAAUGCACAAGGUGUAUAUGUUGUAUUUUAAAACAAGUUGAUUUUUUAAUUCUAACACUUUUUUUUUUACUUUGAUCAUUAAAAUAUACACCAGCCAUGUUAUUUAAGAGGGUCGACAAGCACUUAGUGAUUUAAAACAGACCUCAUUUUCAUCAAAUGGACCAUGUGCAUGCUGCCACUUACAGCUUCCCAAAA